GGAGGUCAGGGCCGGGCGUGGACCGGCGUGGACGAGGAUGGGGACCAGGCGGGCGCUCUUGGGGAGACUGUGUCACCAUGUGUAACCGUGUGAGAGACUGCGGGUGUGACAGCAUGUGAUCUUGUCUGUCACUGUGUGUGUGAUUGUGUGCGACUGUGAUCAUCUGUCUCCGGUAUAAAACUGUGAGUGUGUGUGUGUUUGUGUGACUCUCUCUGCAGCUAUAACUAUGUGUUAUUGUGUUGGUGAGAGACUGCGGGUGUGACAUUGUGUGUGUGUCGCUGUGUGAAUGUGUGUGAUUAUGUUUGACCACUUGUCUCUGUGGAUAUAACUGUUUGAAUGUAUGUGACAGCAGGUGUGAUUGGGUGCCCAUGACCAUCUGUCUUUGCAGGUAUAAUUUUGUAUGAGUAAUUAUGGCAGGAUGUGUGACCUUGUGUGGUAUGUCACUGUGUAUGAGAUUGUGUGUGACUGUCUGUUGGAGUAAUUAUGUAUCAUCACCAAUAUCUUUAUGUUAAUGUGACUGUAUAUGUGUGUGAGACAUUAUGAGUGUGAUUGUGUGACCCUGUAUAUGAGUGGGAUUGGGUGAAAAUUUGUAUGUAUAUGUGAAACCUAAUGUGUGAUCAUGAGACACAGAAAGAUUAAAAUUACUUGCCCAAGUUCACCCAGUUAAUAAGUGACAGAACGGGGACUUGAACCUAGGUAGUUUGGCUCCAGAGUCCUUGCUUUUAAUUACUAAACUCUCUUGAUCUUUCCCACAUUGUGAGAAUGAAAAAUCGGGGCUCUGGGUGCUAAGGGUGUUGGAGAGGAUUGUCCCUGGCCUCGGACUAGGAACCUUCGAGACUUGGGAACUUAAUCUGGGUCUCUCUUCAAUCCGCUUGUGAGUCACAGGACCCAGUCUAAAGACACUGUAGUGAGACCAUCCUCAAAUUGGCUGCCUCUCGGGGAGGAAAGCCCAACCUGAAAGCCCAUCUUCCUCUCCUUAGGCCGUGGAGUUUGAGAUUUUAGCUUUGUCCUUGUCAAAACUCUACCACGUUUGGUGCUGAGAGAGGGUGAUCCAUGGCUCUUUUUCUGAUGUACCAAGAGAGCUAAAUUUUUGGUGCUUUCUCAGUUAAUAAAGAAAACUGUUCUCAUUUCCUCUCUGAAUGUGUGUGUAGAAUCUAAGCUGGAACAAGGGUGGCACUUCUCUAUGUCAGGAGUUGGCUCAUGCAGUCUUGACAGUGAGGAAAGAAAGGUUCUGAGAGACGGAUUAGCUUGUCCAAGGUUAUGUAGCCAAUGAGUGAAGGAGCAGAGUCAGCCUGUGCCUGGGGGAUGUAUAAGGUCUAAGUCAUUAACAUCACCUUCUUGCAGAGACUGAUGGCUCAUCUCAAACUUGGAAAAUAUUACCCAAGAGAUACACAGCUAUUUGCAGGCAGAAACUUAAAAGACAUUUCUUUUAUGCAAAUGCUAUUUAGGGUUCCCAGAUGCUAAGAAUACUUCACUGAUUCUCCUCUCAGGUUGCAAAGGCUUUUAAAGCUGCAUUGCACUAAGGAAAUAACUUUUGAAUUGACUAGUGCAGAGUAGCCUAGAAUUAGGGGGUCUGGUAUUCUAAAUUCUAGGUCAAACGCAACUAGCUUCAUUUUCAGAAGGAAGAAAUGUUGGCUCUGAGAGGACAAGAAACAUAUUUCAGGCUGUGUGGUUUGUUAUUGGUAUGGUUAAAAUUUGGCAGUGUUUGCCUCAGGCUGCAUUUCUGUGGAGUAAUAAAGGUAACAUCUACCAUCUCUGAAGAUGCUUCUCUAAGAAUUAUAUGGCGUUGAUUCCUCAGAUUAUGUUGAAUAUUUCCCAUUCAGAUAUUGUGGUGUCUUGAAAAAGGACCAGUUUUGAGGUCACACUGCAGUUUGACUCUUAGGACUUAGGUUAGUUGUUUUAGCUUUUUGAACCUCAAUAUCACUCGUCAGUGAAGUGGGGAUAAUAAUACCUACCUUUGCAUUUUUGUGAAGAUUAAAUAAGAUAAUGCCAUAUACAACAUGUGUAACAUCACUAUUUAUAUUACAGGAGCACAGUAAGAUUUAUUUAUUCAUUUAUCAUAUAUUUUUUGAGUACAUACAAUUGUUCUGGCAUUAUUCUAGCACCAGUGAACCACACAAAUCCUAGGUCUAUUAGAUCUUACGGUAUUGUUUGGGAAGGCAACAACAAACAAACAAAAGUAACAUGUCCAAUUGUGUUAAAUGCUAAGAAGAAGAAAAAUUAGGAUAAGGAAAAAGAGACUGGAAGGGAGAUUCUCUUUAGAUAGAAGUUUCAGGAAAGUCCCUCUGAUGUGGUGACAACUGAGAACAGGUAGCAGUGAAGAGAAGGAGUGAGCCAUGUCCAGGCAGAAGGAAAAGCAAAGGCAACAGCCUUGAAGAAGGAGUGUGCACAGUGUUUGAGGAAUUGUAAGGAAACCUGUGUGCCUGAAGUGGGGUGAGUGAGGGGGAGAAGGGUAGGAAAUGAGGUCUAAGGGACAGCUAGGGGCCAGAUCAUAAACCACCUUGUCGGCCAUAGGAUGGACUUGAGAUUUUGGUGAGUUCAGGCUAUGUGUCCUUAAUAUCAGUCAAGACUUCAGAGGUUAAGUUCAGCUUUGGCCUUUUUCUCAGGUCUUAGAAAGGGGUAGGGCUGGCCCCUGUAAGGAGGCUGUGGGGACCAUAAAGGAGCAAUAAUUCUAUCUUUGUGAGUCUCAGAUCAGCCACACAGGGCUGGUCUGCCAUUUUUUCUUCCUUAACUCUCCCUUCUCAGGACUUUGUUCUCCAAAAGAGAAAAUUGAAGAAGAAAGGAGCAAUGGCUGUUGGACUUUGUAAAGCCAUGUCCCAGGGUUUGGUGACCUUCAGGGAUGUGGCUCUAGAUUUUUCCCAAGAGGAGUGGGAAUGGCUGGACUCAUCUCAGAAAGAUUUAUACAGAGAUGUCAUGUUGGAGAACUACAGGAACUUGGACUCUCCAUCUCUAAGCCCAACAUGAUCUCCUUAUUGGAGCAGGGGAAGGAGCCUUGGAUGGUGGAGAGAGAGAUGUCAGAUGGUCAAUAUGCAGACUGGGAGUCUUGGUAUGAAAUCAAGGAAUUAUCUCCAAAAUGGUACGUUGAUGAAGAGGAAAUAUCCCAGCGGAUGGCAAUGGAAAGACUGACAAGUCAUGACCUCAAAUGCUCCAAUGUCAGGGAAGCUUGGAAAUAUGAGGGUGAAUUUGAGCGACAUCAGGGAAAUCAGGAGAGGCAUUUCAGGCAAGUGACAACUCUUCAGGAAAUCUCUGCUGUGAAAAGAGACAAGGAAUAUAAUAAUUCUGAGAGAAGCAUUCUCUUGAAGUCAGUACUUCUAACACAACAAAGAGUUCCCACAGUAGAGCAAGUACAUAAAUUUGAUAUUUAUGAUAAAAUUUUCCCCCCAAAUUCAGUCCUAAUUGAACCGAAAAGACUACAUGCUGAGAAGGAAUCUUUGACAGGUAACAAAUGUGAAGAAUUUAACCAGAAUACAUACCUUACUAAAGAUAUAGGAAUUCCUCCUGGGGAGAAAUCUUUUGAAAGUAAUGAUUAUUCAAAUCUCUUAAGUUUCCACUCAUUACUUACUCAACAUCAAACAACUCAUUUUGGAAAACUACCCCAUGGAUACAAUGAAUGUGGUGAUGCCUUUAGCUGUUACUCAUUCUUUACUCAACCUCAGAGAAUUAACAGGAGAGAGAAACCAUAUGCAUGCAACGACUGUGGAAAAGCCUUUAGCCAUGACUUCUUUCUCAGUGAACAUCAGAGAUCUCAUAUUGGAGAGAAGCCGUAUGAAUGUAAGGAAUGUAACAAAGCCUUCAGACAGAGUGCACACCUGGCUCAACAUCAGAGAAUCCACACUGGAGAAAAACCCUUUGCAUGCAAUGAAUGUGGGAAGGCCUUUAGCCGUUAUGCCUUCCUUGUUGAACAUCAGAGAAUCCACACAGGGGAGAAACCGUAUGAAUGUAAAGAAUGUAAUAAAGCCUUCAGACAGAGUGCACACCUUAAUCAACAUCAGAGAAUCCACACUGGAGAGAAACCCUACGAAUGUAAUCAGUGUGGAAAAGCCUUCAGCAGACGCAUAGCCCUUACUCUGCAUCAAAGAAUUCAUACAGGAGAGAAACCCUUUAAAUGUAAUGAAUGUGGGAAGACCUUUGGUUAUCGCUCACACCUUAAUCAACAUCAGAGAAUUCAUACCGGAGAAAAGCCCUAUGAGUGCAUCAAAUGUGGGAAGUUUUUUAGGACUGACUCACAACUUAAUCGACAUCAUAGAAUUCAUACUGGAGAAAGACCUUUUGAAUGCAGUAAAUGUGGGAAAGCCUUCAGUGAUGCGCUUGUUCUAAUUCAUCAUAAGAGAAGUCAUGCAGGAGAGAAACCGUAUGAAUGCAGUAAAUGUGGGAAGGCCUUCAGUUGUGGCUCAUACCUUAAUCAACAUCAGAGAGUUCAUACUGGAGAGAAACCCUAUGAAUGUAAUGAAUGUGGGAAGGCUUUCCAUCAGAUUUUGUCCCUUAGGCUACACCAGAGAAUUCAUGCUGGAGAAAAACCCUAUAACUGUAAUGAAUGUGGGAAUAAUUUUAGCUGUGCCUCAGCCCUUAGACGACAUCAGAAAAUUCAUAAUAGAGAAACUCUCUGAUUAUAACAAGUAUAAAAAAGAAAACAUUCAGUCACCACUCAGUCCUUAUUAAAUAAAUAUCAGCGAAUUCUUUGGUAGUAAUUCUGUGAAUGUAGUACAUACAGAAAAGCCUUCAGUUCAUGAUCAUCCCUUAUUUGAAAUAGCCUGGGUAGUAGACCUCUGUUACUUUUUGAUCUGUUCUAUACCCCAUUUGAGACUUACGCCACCCUCAAUGAAUAUGUUGCUAAUGAAACUAUUAAUCAGGGAGAGCAGUGGAUUGGUCAUAAGCUGGCCAAUUAUUUUCCUCCUAAUGAUUAAUAAGAGUGGCAAAUGGCUCUAUCUGGACCAGUAGAGCCCUAUGAAGGUAUUGUUAUGGGUCGUAAGAGAAGAUCUUUUUUUUUCGGAAUUGCAGGUUUCGAGGAUUUAGUAAGGUUAAAAACUCACCAGUAGCGUUUUUGCUACCACAUGAGGAAAGCCUUCCCAAGAUCAAUCCAACACAGAGGAGAAUGGAGAUGAGAGACAGAAAUCUGCUGACAUUGUUUUAUCUCCCAUAUCCAGUCAUGCCUGAAGUCUACACCAUCCUUUACUUCUUCAUUUUCAUGAUCCAAUAAAUUUCCUUUUUUUUGCUUAAGUUAAUUGAAUUGGAUUUUUGCCUCUUGGAAUUAGAGUCCUGACUCAUUCACCCUAUGUUUGCUAUACUUGUGAGAAAGCCUUAAUCUUUUGUAUGGCAUAAAUUAUUUAUCCUGAGGAGAAAGCUUAUGAUAUAACAAGUAUAUGAAAGUUGAAUACACAGCCCUGGUAAAGC